UCGUCUGAUAAGAAACGUCAACCGAUCAGCUGCUUCGUUCUUGCCUUACUUUUGCCGGUCGGGUCGACUUUUCAGUUUUGUUUUAACUUAGUAGCUUUGUUUUUAUCAUGAUUUUGCCAGGAGUUUUUAAAGCAGUCUCUCCAACCUUGUCACCUGCCCGCUUGAUAAUAGCGAGGUUUGCUAGCUCUGCUUCGGAUGAAGUCAAAUUGGAGAAGCUGACAGGAGACUAUAACAACAUAUCCAUAAUCGGCCUGAAUAGACCCGCUGCCAAGAACGCUUUCAGUCACUCGCUCGUCAACCAACUAUCUAGCAUCGUCGAACACCUGAAAUAUGACAAGGAUUCGCGAGUAGUUAUCCUUCGAAGCCUAGUACCCGGAAUCUUUUGUGCCGGCGCUGACCUCAAAGAACGCAAGAAACAAACCCAAGAAGAAGUUCGAAUUUUCGUUAAUCAAUUGCGUGCCCUCCUCAUUAAUAUUGAACAACUUCCAAUGCCUGUUAUCGCAGCCGUGGAUGGCGCCGCUCUUGGCGGUGGAUUAGAAAUGGCCUUGGCGUGCGAUAUUCGAACUGCUUCGGAAGAAGCUAAACUAGGCCUGGUGGAAACGCGUCUUGCCAUUAUCCCCGGUGCUGGAGGAACUCAACGCUUACCGCGCAUUUUAGGACCAGCCCUCGCCAAGGAACUAAUCUUCACCUCACGAAUACUAUCAGGCAAGGAAGCUCAUCAAUUAGGUGUUGUCAAUCACGUUCUUCCCCAAAAUGAGGCAAAAGAUGCGGCCUACCAAAAAGCGUUACAGAUUGCGGCAGAUAUUGUACCGAAUGGACCCAUUGGUGUUCGAAUGGCGAAGAAGGCAAUUGAUAAAGGAAUUCAAGUUGAUAUUGCAACUGGGUAUGCCAUUGAAGAAGCUUGUUAUGCACAAAUAUUACCAACGACGGAUCGAUUGGAGGGCUUGAAAGCGUUUGCGGAGAAACGUAAGCCAAUCUACAAAGGCGAAUAGAAGUUUUUAUAAUUUGUUGAGCAUAUUGAACGAACGAUAUGAAAGUUUAUACCAGGUAUUGCAUUUAUUUUCUGUCAAAAGUUUUUUAUUUCUUUUCAACUGUUUGUAUUGAAGAAAUGUUAAAUAGCAUUGAUUUUUUUUGAAUAAAUCAGAUUUAUUCGCAAUAA